GCUGGCUGGCUGCCAUAUUCUGGCUAGCUUCGUAUCAGGCUUUUAUCACGGUACCUCGAUUUGAGCCUAGUAAGCCUCCUAUCAGGCUUGCCUUAGCAGCCUGGCAGCCUUGAGAGUGUCACUUGGCUGUUAUUUUAGCUUGGUCUUUAUUCCCAAGCUUCCCGUGCCGAUCGCGCUACAACAGCUGAUCGGUUUGUUCAUACUGCUAUAACGUGUGGAAAUACCAGACGUAACGUAGCAUUGUGGAUAAUAUCCAUUUGCUUAUCCAGCAUAUCCUGAUCGUCGCUGAUUUUUUUCUCUCCGUGCCAGUCAGCUCUCCGUCUAAGGUCCAGAUUCCUUCGUCCGUUGAUCUUAUUAGCGAACUGCUUAAUCAACGGUCAAGAUGGUCGGGAUGCAAAUUGACGAGCUUCUGACCACAGAUGAGCAUGCGGUCGCCAAGACUAAGAUCAUCUGCACGCUCGGUCCUCGCUCCCGCGAAGUCCCUAUUCUGGAGAACCUGCUUCGCGCGGGAAUGAGCGUCGCGCGCUUUAAUUUCUCCCACGGGUCGCACGACUACCACCAGGAGACCCUGGAUAAUCUCCGCACGGCGUCCGCCAACACCGGCAUCAUGUGCGCCGUGCUGCUGGAUACUAAGGGCCCGGAGAUCCGCACGGGGUUCUUGAAAGACGGCAAGGCGGUGCAGCUGAAGAAGGGGCGCGAGGUGACGAUCACGACGGACUACGAGGCGCUGGGCGACGAAAACACGAUCGCCAUGAGCUACAAGAGCCUGCCCAAUGAUGUGAAGCCGGGCGGUCAGAUCCUGUGCGCUGAUGGGUCCAUCACGCUCAAUGUGCUCUCGUGCAACCCCAAGGAAGGCACGGUGCAGUGCCGGUGUGAGAACACUGCAAUCCUAGGAGAGCGCAAGAACGUGAACCUGCCGGGCGUGAUAGUGGACCUGCCGACGAUCACGGCCAAGGACGAGGAGGACAUCAUGGCGUGGGGCGUGCCCAACCGCGUCGACUUCAUCGCCGCGUCCUUCGUGCGCAAGGGGUCGGACCUCGGGAUCAUCCGCAAGCUGCUGGGCCCGCAGUACAGCAAGUCCAUCCAGAUCAUCUCCAAGGUGGAGAACCAGGAGGGGCUGGUGAACUUUGACGACAUUCUGCGCGAGUCAGACGGAAUCAUGGUGGCUCGAGGCGACCUGGGCAUGGAGAUCCCCAUCGAGAAGAUUUUCCUCGCGCAGAAGAUGAUGAUCCACAAGUGCAACGCCGCAGGAAAGCCUGUUGUGACUGCGACGCAGAUGCUGGAGUCCAUGACCAAAUCCCCCAGGCCGACUCGCGCUGAAGCCACGGACGUGGCGAACGCAGUGCUGGAUGGUACCGACGCCGUGAUGCUGUCGGGGGAGACGGCGGCGGGGUCGUGGCCCGUGGAGGCGGUCACCGUGAUGGCACGCAUCUGCAGAGAGGCGGAGGCUUCACUGGACUACCACUCCAUCUUCAAGACCAUCAUGGCCGAGGCCGCCAUGCCCAUGAGCCCGCUGGAGAGCCUUGCCUCGUCUGCUGUGCGCACCGCCAACAAGGCCCGUGCCGUGCUCAUCAUUGUGCUCACCAGGGGAGGCUCCACUGCCAAGCUAGUGGCCAAGUACCGCCCCCCCAUGCCCAUCCUCUCUGUAGCCGUCCCCGUUAUGACGUCCGACGACCUCACGUGGUCUAUAAGUGACGAGUCGCCGGCCAGGCAUGCGCUUGUGUGCCGCGGUCUUGUCCCUCUGCUGGCUGAAGGGGCAGCCAGAGCCACGGAUUCGGAUACCACUGAUGAGCUGAUUUCAGCGGCGCUGAAGGCCGCUAAGGUCAGAGGGUUUUGCCGUGAAGGGGAGUCGGUGGUUGCGCUCCAUCGCAUCGGGAAUGCGGCAGUGAUCAAGAUUAUCUCGGUGAAGUAGCGUAUUCUCUAAGAACGUUUUUAUUGCAGGGAUGUACCACUUCUGAACAUAAUCCUUGAUGCGGUUACCAUCUCAUGCAAAUGAUAUAAGAUGUUUGCGUAUGUUGUACUAAGGAGGAGAACCCUCAAUUUUAGGAUCGUUUGAAUGGUAGUAUUAGCUUAUUUACGUGUCGAUUUUGCAGCGUUUUCCCUUUCUUCC